GGCGGGCAUAUCCCGGCGCGGGCGGUGGCGGCAGCACUUCCCACGGUGGAGUGUGGAGGGGGUGGUGUUGAGCUUCUGUGCUGAGCUGGUGAGUGCCUUUAGCCUGUUGUUAUUGGUACUGUUGGUGUGCUUGGGGUUGCGGGAGGCUGUGAUUUGCUGUUUGUGUGAUGCGGUGCUGUAUGAGGCGCUGUAUGCACCUGAGGUGCGGGUUGUGAGGAGGGGAGCGCUCGCGCCGUGCUGUCCGUUAGUGCCUGAGGGGAGGCGGCGGGCGGUGUGGACCUGUAUGGGGAGCGAGCGGAGAAGAGAGCGAGAAACAGCUAUGUAGCCUUCUGCUGUCCCAGCGCCUGCUGUUUGUCCACCUGCGUAUGUUUUCUCCUAUGUUGGGGUAGUCCGAUGCUCUGUCCCGGCUGUGCUGUGUGCGUGGUUGAAUGCGGCUGCUGCCCCAGCCCUGUGCUGAGGUGCUGCCGCGCGUCUCUCCGUUGCUUGGUUUGGUGCUGCUCUGUAGAUGUCCCCUACGUGGGCUGUUUGCGAACGGUCGUGUUACUUUCUGUGCUUUCUGUUAACUGCGUUAUUGGAAAGCUUUGAGAUGACGCUCUCAGUAACCAACGUGAAUUUUAGCCAAAGCUCAGCACGGUUCUGGGUUUGCACCUUCAUUCCCAAUGCAUUAGCUUGCAACUUUUCUAAAUUUGUUUUACUUCGGUGAGGAUUCUAGUGUAAGAAGGGGGUAAAUCGGUAAAUCACGGUGCUCCUCAAUGCCAGCUGCAUCUCCUUGCAGCACCGAGGUGGUAAAGUGGGAAGGCAUUGACAUCUGUGUGUGGGAGCAGAGCCCCUGUGUGUGCUACCCAUGCAUGUUACCAGUGCCCACCAUCUUCAUGUAGGUAAGGAAGGAUGCUGGAAGAUGAGUGCUGCAUUUACGGUGCUUUAUUAUGUGUGCAGGGUAUUUGUCUGUGAUUCCUCAGUUAUUUUAUCAGUAUUUCUGAUGCUAUUAGUGCUUCAGUCCAACAGAAAGCCUUGCUGGUUAGUUUAGGUGAUAGACACAGAAAUGUCAUAGUGUGGGUUGAGGUAUAGACAUGUCUAUAAUAUUGUCACUUCUUGGUGGCUUUAAAUGAAGUUACAAAUCUGCAGUCCUACUGGUACUAAUAUUUUAUUUUAAAUCAUAGUAUUAAGAAUAGUUUUGAUGCUUUUCUAGAUUUUUUUUUUUAAAGCAGUAAGCUCUUGGGCCUGUUUCAUACUUCAUUAUUUUUACAGCCUUUUCAUUUUUCAGAAUGUUAGCUUGUUUGGGAGUAACUGUUCAGGAGGUGAGAAUAGGGAGGAAAAGCUUUUACUUUCAAAUGUGUCUUGUCUACAGGACUGCACAGAGUAACUAUGAGGUAACAACGUGAUAUCAUGUGGCAAGGUUAAUCUGGUUUAGGUUUUAAAAUUUGUUUUGACUUGCUCACCUCACCAACUAUUUUUAGUAAAUAGUUUUGUCCUGUGUAUGUGAAAGCAUUCAUGAAGCUGCUACUCAUCUAUCUACAUUUUUCUGGAACUCUGCAUUAUCUUGUGUAUCUGUUGGCCUAUUGAAAUCCCAAGUUACUGUGCUGCUGACUUAAGUAGAUUCUGAAAAUGGCCUGCAAUUAAUGCACCUGCUGAGUGCCUUUGUUUCUGUUGGAGUCUAUGGCUGUGGUGUGCUGCUUCAUAAGGUCUUCCAGUCAUAGAAGAGCAUGUGUUCAGAUAGUCCAGUAGAGCUCCAGGUGUGUCUGAGUGUUCCAUCAUUGUAAACACUCCCAACACUUAUUCUAUAGAUGUAAAUGUAAUGAGUUUACCUAUCUCUUAAUUCAACUUCUGUUGCAUUACUAAAUGUAGCAGUGGAGAGGAGCUGGUGCUGGUAGGAUUCUUUGCCCCAAGCUCUAGCUACCCCAAGGUCUUCAGAAUGCUUUCCAAUUAGUGUAUCUGUAUGGUAACUGUUGAGUCAUGGCCUGAACCACUGAUUGAGCACCUGGGGAAAGGACCCAGUCAGCCCUGGGAGCACAGGUGAAGGUAAUUCAGCUGUGUGACCAGAAUGGGUGGAGCCUGGCUGCACCUCUCUUAGACCUCAUUUAUGAGCUGACUGCAUCUGGGGAAGGACCUCUGGUUGGAGACCCCUCCCUUGUGGAGUUUUCCCUGUGAGCCUAGAUCUUCAGAGACAGGUCUUAAUAUCUCACAACAUGUAUUUCCUUGGACUAUUGUCUUUGCUCGUUCUGCCUAGUAAAGCCUUCAAGACCAAUUUUCCUGAUGAAACUAUUGCUGAGCUUUCUGUGAAUGUUUACAAUCAGCUACGAGCUGCAAGAGAAGAUGAGAAUAUUCUUUUCUGUCCUCUGAGCAUUGCAAUAGCCAUGGGAAUGAUAGAGCUUGGAGCCCAUGGAACCACUUUGAAAGAAAUUCGACAUUCAUUGGGUUUUGACAGCUUAAAAAAUGGUGAAGAGUUUACCUUUUUGAAGGACCUUUCUGAUAUGGCAACUACGGAAGAAAGUCAUUAUGUUUUAAAUAUGGCCAACUCUCUCUAUGUUCAGAAUGGAUUUCAUGUUAGUGAAAAAUUUUUGCAGUUGGUGAAAAAAUACUUUAAAGCUGAAGUAGAGAACAUAGAUUUCAGCCAGAGUGCAGCUGUAGCUACCCACAUCAAUAAGUGGGUAGAGAAUCAUACAAACAAUAUGAUCAAAGAUUUUGUGUCAUCAAGAGACUUCAGUGCUCUAACUCACUUGGUUCUCAUCAAUGCAAUCUACUUUAAAGGCAAUUGGAAAUCACAGUUCAGACCUGAAAAUACAAGAACUUUUUCUUUCACUAAGGAUGAUGAAACUGAAGUGCAGAUUCCAAUGAUGUACCAGCAAGGAGAGUUUUAUUAUGGAGAGUUCAGUGAUGGCUCUAAUGAAGCAGGUGGUAUCUACCAAGUUCUAGAAAUACCAUAUGAAGGAGAUGAAAUUAGUAUGAUGAUUGUUCUUUCCAGACAGGAAGUUCCGCUGGUCACAUUGGAGCCACUUGUUAAAGCCUCAUUGAUUAAUGAGUGGGCUAACUCUGUAAAAAAGCAAAAAGUUGAAGUAUAUUUGCCAAGGUUCACAGUAGAGCAAGAAAUUGAUCUGAAAGAUGUAUUGAAAGGUCUUGGAAUUACAGAAGUGUUCAGCCGUAGUGCUGACCUCACUGCCAUGUCUGAUAACAAAGAACUUUACCUUGCAAAGGCAUUUCAUAAGGCUUUCCUAGAAGUUAAUGAGGAAGGAUCAGAAGCUGCUGCUGCCUCAGGAAUGAUUGCCAUUAGCAGAAUGGCAGUACUGUAUCCUCAAGUUAUAGUUGAUCAUCCUUUCUUCUUCCUGGUCAGAAACAGAAGAACAGGCACUGUGUUAUUCAUGGGGAGGGUAAUGCACCCUGAAGCAAUGAAUACAAGUGGCCAUGACUUUGAAGAGCUUUAACUACUGCCAGCUACCAAAAUGAGGAAAAAAGCACAUCAAGUUUCAAGUUAAUAUAUUUAAGGUUUGCUGUGUUCCUCCCCCCAAGAUAUUGUUUAAAAUGCUUUUAGAUCUAUGUGCAAGUGAGUUUCCAGAGGAAAAGUUCACAGUAUUAAAAUAAUGGUUCUGUUUUUGUUAUUGUGAUUGCUGUGUCCUUAAAAUAAAAUUGUGUACAUGUCAA